GGCGCGCGUGCUCCGAACAGCUACCGCGUUUAUUCGAACGAGUCCUUUUACGCGCGUGAGGUAAUCCUCCACACUGCAUGAAACCUGAGUCUGUGACGACUGUGUGAUAAAAUACUAUGGGAUUUACCGAUAGCAGAAUGAGUGAUUUAAAUUUUCUUCCAAAAAAGCACACGAACUUCACAAUCGAAAAUAUCCUUUUAAGGACCAAUGAAAAUAGCAAAAAGUCACACGAAGUAGAGAAGAACCCAGAGUUAUCAUCGAAAACGGAUAUCAAAUGCGAACAAUAUGACCUUAAACAGUCUUCAUCAACAGUGUCACCGUCGGUUGUACCCUCAUCAUCAUCAUCAUCGUCAUCAUCACCAGCCGUUCAACGUCCCCUGAAUCGAGUUCUAGCCAACCCUUGGUGCUCGCGGGGACCGUUAAUGUUUGACCCGAAGAUUGUCGUUUACGCAAAACCAGCGACGGUCGUGGAGUCUACAGUAUCAGCAACAGAAACAGCUGCCUUAACAGAAACGUCCUCGAUAGCACCUUCUUCCAGUAGCCCAUUGAUACCGAUGAUGAAAGCGGAAGUCGAGAGAAAAGUGAUGCUAGGCGCGUAUGCUAAUAGCAGUGUAAUUGAACGAAACAGAUUAUCUAUCAAUUAUCCCUAUCCGGUCGGGUUUUUCAAUGCCUAUGCAGCAGCAGCAGCAGCAUCCAUGGCAACACAUCAUCAUCAACCAGAGCAGCACCAGCCAAGUGUCACAAUUCCGACAGCCCUUAACAGCUUAUACCAAAUCGAAAAGAGUGAUGAAAAUCAAAACAGUAUUUACAGUUCCGCGAGCAGCACAGCCAACAGUGUCGGCAUAGAUGCGAACAGUAGUGAUAUGCACCCUUUCUUCGGGAUGGAUGCCAGUGAUAUGCUAGGAUACAGCUUAGCGUCGACAGUGACGACUUCGGUUGGGCCGUUCACGCUCGGCUUUCCGGAAUACACAUUUCAGUGUCAAAUAUGUGAUAAGAUUUUCGGUAGCCAGGACACACUGAUGAUUCACGAGAAAACACAUAAAACGCCGCGUUUCGAAUGUGAGGAGUGCGGAAAAGGAUUUUCUCAAUUACGCAACUACAAAUAUCACAUUUCGGUUCACCGUGGAACGAAAGAAUUCGCUGCAAAAUGUCCGGAAUGCGGCAAAGUAUUCAACGACAAGGGAUACCUCAGUAGUCAUCUAAAAAUUCACCGGAACAAGAAGGAAUACGCCUGUCCACACUGUCCGAAGUCAUUUAAUCAACGUGUAGCAUUCAACAUGCAUGUGCGGAUUCAUACAGGAGUAAAACCACACAAGUGUAGCGAAUGUGGCAAGAGAUUCUCCAGGAAAAUGUUAUUGAAGCAACAUCUUCGAACACAUUCGGGAGAGAAACCCUAUCAAUGCUCAGUAUGUGGUAAGAGUUUUGCUGAUCGUAGUAAUAUGACACUUCACCAUCGACUUCACUCAGGCAUUAAACCUUUUGCAUGUCCGAUCUGUCCAAAAGCAUUCACCAAAAAGCAUCAUUUAAAAACUCACCUAAACUAUCACACUGGGUAUAAACCAUACAAAUGUCCGCAUAUCAACUGUGGCCAAACAUUCACGCAGUCCAGUAAUAUGCGAACUCAUGCCAAAAAAUGUCAGUUCAAACCAACAGAUGGAUGA